AUGGAGAAUAUCAAAGCCAAGUUCGUGUCUCAGAAGAUCAGUAAGACCCGCUGGCGCCCGGAGCCGGCCUCCUCUCUGCAGCAGCCGGACCUGUUCGCUGCUGGUUCCUGGGACAAUGAGGAAAACAAAGUGUCCAUAUGGUCCACUGGAGAAUUUGGAGCAAUUAAUAUGGAUGAAGAUUACGUAGCAGAUAUAAAAUUGCUGUGUGAGAUCAGACACAAAGGCGAUGUAACAGACCUGCAGUUUUUAGAUCAAGAAAGAAUUGUGACGGCAUCAUCAACUGGAAAAGUAUCAAUCUUUCGUCACCAUCAGACAAAUGAGACAUUAUCGGAAAAGCAGAAGUGGGAGCACGCUCAUCGCCAUGUUGGCUCAAAUGGUAUAGGAGCACCCUGCACUGGUAUUGUUUGCAACAGUCCAGAAAUUGUCUCUGUUGGAGAGGAUGGCCGAAUAAAUGUUUUCAGAGCUGACAGCAAAGACCUAGUCAGAACAAUAGAUGAUGCAGACAGCAGUGCCAUGCAUGCAGUUACUUUUCUCCGUACCACUGAGAUUUUGACUGUCAAUUCCAUUGGGCAGCUGAAGAUGUGGGAUCUUAGACAACAGGCAAUGAUCCUACACAAAUAUUCUCUGUUGUGGGAGGUCCAUUUUCACCCUUCAAAACCAGAUCAUAUAUUCACAUGUUCUGAAGAUGGCUCUCUAUGGCAUUGGGAUGCAUCAACUGAUGCUGCUGAUCGACCUUCCUUUCUUCUUGGAGGAAGAGGAACUUCACAUUUGUCCCGUAGUACUUUAGGACAGUCUGUUAACCAGUCAUUAAUGACACCUUGGCUCAGCAGUGAUCCCACAAAAGGACGUCUAGAAAUUACCAAUGUAAUGCCCUCCUACACACUAUCUGUAAAUAGCCUGGAUGUUUUAGGUGAAUACCUUGUAUGUGGCACUGAUUCAGAGUCCAUCUACGUUUCCAAAAACCUGUUUACAUAG